AUGGAAAGCACCAGUAAAAGGAUAGAAUCUCCAGUCAUCAACAAAGGAGCUUUAAAAACUAACAUCCCCGAUUCAGAAUAUAUGUAUAAGAAGCUGAGGAAAAAGGCAUUUAAUUGGAUAAUGAUUCCUGUUGCUGUGUCACAGAUCAGCUCAACCAACCACCCAGUGAAAGUUGGACUAUCAGAUGCAUUUGUGGUCGUGCACAGGAUCCAGCAAAUUCCCAAUGUCCGCAGAAGAACAAUUUACGAAUACCACAGGGUGGAGCUUCAGAUGUCAAAGAUUACAAAUUUGUCAGCUGUUGAAAUGAUACCUCUUCCAACUUGUCUCCAGUUUAACAACUGUGGUCCCUGUGUCACUGCCCAGAUUGGCUUCAACUGUAGCUGGUGCAGUAAACUCCAAAGAUGCUCCAGUGGAUUCGACCGUCACCGGCAAGACUGGGUAGACAGUGGCUGCCCUGAAGAGUCAAAAGAUAAGGUUUGUGAGAAGGAUAUAGACACAACUGAAGCACCGCUGUACUCUACAACCACUCUUCAACCAACUACCACAAAGUUCAGAGUUUUAACAACCACCAGAGGAUUCACCAGCUCACAGCUGCCAACCAGCCUACCCACAGAAGAUGAUACCAAGAUAGCGCUGCACCUAAAAGAUAACGGAGCUUCCACAGAUGACAGCGCUGCAGAGAAAAAGGGUGGAACACUUCAUGCUGGUUUAAUCAUUGGCAUUCUAGUCCUGGUCCUCAUUGUGGCUGCAGCCAUCCUCGUGACUGUCUAUAUGUACCAACAUCCAACAUCAGCAGCUAGUCUCUUCUUCAUAGAGCGGCGUCCGAGCAGAUGGCCAGCAAUGAAAUUCAGAAGAGGAUCUGGACAUCCUGCAUAUGCUGAAGUGGAACCAGUCGGAGAAAAAGAAGGUUUCAUCGUAUCAGAGCAGUGCUAAAAUUUUUAAGACAGAACACCAGUACUGGCCUACAGGUGUAAGACAUUUACUUUGCAUCUCUAUAAAGAAAAGGAGCCCUAAGCUGCUGAUAGUAAGAAGAUUUUGGAUAAGCUUUGUUCAGGAAGAAAACUGUCUAAGAUACACCGUAGUCUUUGUUAGUGGACUGAGACACAAUGGUUCAUGCAGAACACUUGUCACUGGACAUCUAUAGUAUCAGAACUAUGGCACAAGUGCCACUUUAUUGGCUUUAGGUAUGGUGGUGCACAGUAAUCAAAAAUAUAAUAAAGCUUUUGUGCACAAGGGGAUUACCCUGUGGUUCAAGUGUUCUUCUCUGGUAUGUCAAAAACUGAGUGACAAAUCUGUAUACACUUUCAGUGCAAAGAACACUGAUCAGUGUUCACAGGUGAUUGAGAAAAUUAUCUCAUUGCAAGUGAAAAAGAAAAAUAAAAGAAUUUUCCAAUAUUUCUACAGACAGAUGUGGAAGUACACUCACUUUUCAAUUCUAAAAUAGCCUACCCACCUGAGUAAGUGAGCCACAAUGUACAUGCUUUCCAGGAGUAGUACAAUGUUUCUUGUACAUUGCUGAUCAAUAUCCUUUCAAACAAUUCAUGAUAUACAAACUGAUAAGAAAUGAAGGCAACAGAGAAUUUUACAAUGGUGAAAUUGUUAUUUCAUGGGAGUUCACAAUGAAAUUGGGCUGAUUUUCAGUUUCAAUGUUCAUUAAAAAUUAAUUACCAAGUUCUUUUCAAGAGAAAUCUUUCAUUUCUGAGUGGUACACUAAAGUCAAGGCAAUAGAUCUUUUUUAUCUGACAGAAAUGUUAUGGACCAUUUCUUAGACAACAUAAUACAAAAAAAAAAAAAUCUGAGGAUAUUAAACAAAUGGGUUUCUAUCCUUUGCCAUUUCAAAAUCUUUCCUAAGAAGCACCACGGACUUCUGUGCAUCCUUCCCAGAGAUUCAGAUAAAAGUGUUAUUAAACCCUGCUGAUUCAUAAAGUGAUUUUGUUUAAUGCACAUAGUAGUUGCAUAAAUAUAUAUAUAAAUAUAUUUUUUUUUAAUAGCUACCACAAGGCAGGCUCUUGUGACUGUUAAGACUACAUUUUUGUCAUUCAGACAAAGGAAACGGAUUGCAUUACUGCAUAUUUCCACUGAGUUGUAACAUAAUUCUUAAUGUUAGAAUAUUUUUAUGUUGUGUGGGGAAGGUGGUUCAUGUAGUCACAAUACCAUAACCUUUCAGCCUAUUGAAACCACUCUUUCUUUAAUGUAGACCCUUUCCCUCCAUGUAUAGGGAAAGACAACACUAUAAAUUCCCAACAUCAAAAACAGCUACUCCUUUCACGAAAGGGGUUAGUAUAUAAUGAGACCCAGAUCUUCCCUGCAGCAUAGGAGCCUAAAUGCUUUGAUGAUCUGGGCCUGAGGUAUUAAAAUAUUAAAUUCAGGUAUUAUACAUACAUUUCAUUGUAGUCAUUGACUAUCUAAUUUUUAAAUACUACACAAACAGAGAUACUUGAUGCAUUUUAAAGCAAGAUAUACAAGAUUAGCAGUUCUGAAUCUCAAGUAGCUAAAAAAAUUUGUUGAUACUACCUUAUUAGUACAUUUACAUUUUCUGUUGAUGCUUGUAUGGUAUAAAUUUGAUUACUUGAUGCUGUUCAGUAAAUAAUACUGUUUUUUCUGUAUUCUUAUAUUUUGCAUAACACAUUUUUUUUCAUCUGUUUUACAUCAUCUAGCAUGAGACUGAAACUGUUCAAAACCUAACUGGUAUUAAUCUGAAGGUACUAACAAACAUUCUCUUGAAGCUUGGUGAAAAAUCCACAGCAAUUAUUCUUUUCCAUUUGUGUGGGCUUCUGGUAGGCCAGAUUAAAUUGAAGGCUGAUAAUUCUGAUAGCAAUAACCAAAUUGUAUGCACAUACACAUUUAUUUUGUGGCACUCAUUAAAGAUAUCGCUGCACAUCAUUUAGACACUUAGUUGAUGUGGAAUAUUUACCAUCAAUUUUUUAGGGAUCUUGAAAUUCAUCAGCUAGGAUUGAUUGGCCAAAUAAAGCAAUUGUAGAGCUUCCCUUUGAAGCAUAUUGGCAUCCUGUUUGAAAUCAUUCUUAUUUCAGAGCACAUCCUGGGAAAUUAUACUGAAAAGUUUUACAAAAAAUCUACAAAGUAAUGCAAUAAGUUCGGGAGAUAUUUCAUACAAGUGAAGAAUGUUUAUUUUAUUAUGAGUUUACAGGUUUGCACUUUGAUUCACUCUUGGUUUUCUUGUUUUACCCAUGUAUGUAGUUCAUGUCAUUCAAUAGAGCUUUACGAAUAUUUCUAACAUUGUUUAACAAGCACGACGAAUUUCAAAUUCAGUAUUUGAUUACUUUUGUUCUAAGGUCCUCUUGCACAGGUAAAUGAGAUUUAUUAAUAUUUGCAAAUUAACUUAAAUUUCAUAGUCCUUGUUAAAAUAACAGCAAUUAUUUUUCAUUCUUUGUUCACCUCCAAUAAUUUGGUGGCAGAUUUCACAGAUAUGUGGGGAGAUCUAGUGUACUUCUUUUGAUUUUUGCCAUGAUGUUAUAUGCUAUGGAUUAUAACAUAAUGAGUUGCUGGGUUUAUUUAAUAAGGUUGAUGGGCCAUAUGCUUAUGAUAUCUGAUAAGAACUGAUAUCUGAAGAGGAAAACUCUUGCAUACUAAUGGAAUGUAUAGUGUCUCAUCAGUGUCUGCUUUGAUAUAUUCUGUGGUAUGUUCUAUUUAUCCCAGUAGGCAAAAGUUGAUUAAGUAACCUGUUGCUGUUUUGUAAUUCCAUCUGGUUUUCUAAUUUUUUAAUAAUUAAAAAUUGCCACAUUAAAAAUGAUACAAAUAUAAAUCUUUAGAAGGUGUGGUGAAACAUUGAUAUUAUCUGAGAUUCUUACUUUUAUCACUUUAUAAAGCACCAGCAUGACUGAUCCAAACAGAAAAAGGGUCAUAUAAACUCCUCCCAGAGACUCAGAUGAAAUGUUGUUGAACAACUCAGGAAGAAAUUUCUAUCCAGGUCUCUGAAACAGUGGCUUCCCAUAUUCCCACUGGUUCUUAAUUUGAAAGUACUUCAGAAUAUUUCAUUUGUUUAAAUGUUUCCUUACAGAGUCUUUUAUUCUAACAGUUAUUUCAACUUAUAAACCUGCCUGUAAACUUGUGUACAUGUCAUGUGAGUCAUGAUGGCAUGACUGCAAGAUCUCCAGAAAAUGGCUUCUUACUGUUUUCCAUUUUCAUUUUAAAUGUUCCUGUGCACCUAAUAUUCUCAGUGCUGUACUGCUCAUACUGUUUCAUAGAAAUAUGAAAAUCUGAAAUACAAGGAUUCAAAGCACAUUACUGAAUAAUUCCUUAAGAUGAAUCAAUACGUUUAGAUAAGUGCAUCACACUUUAUUAUUUUUUAAGUAUUGUAUUCAGACAUUAAGAAAUGUUGGAUUCAUGCAAGAUCUGUAAUCAUACUCACAUGUACGCAUGUGACAAAGUCUUCUUUAAUUGCCUGCCACUUUGACACACUGAACUUAGAGCAUGGAGGCUGUUUUGAAUGCAGCUAUUCCAUUUAUCUUCUCUUUCCUCAAAUUUUGUUGCAUUCUUUGUUACAUACUGUCCAAAACCUAUUUUUUUUUCAUGGACUUUUCUGCAUUACCCAUUAUAUUUACUGGCGGGAUUUGUACAACUUUAUUCAUUUAUAUUCUGAGCAUCUUUGUUAAAGUUUUUCAGAGGAGGAGAACAAAUAAAAGUAGAAAAGGCAGGAGGAGAAGGAAGGGAGGGGUGUCAGCAUUUGUUACUCAAAAUGAGCUUCAAUCUCUGAGUACUACCUGAUUUUUCUUCUGUGUAUGGAUUCUGGUUAAUGCAAAUAUGUGCAAGUACAUUUUUCUGUUAUUGGCUGCAUCUUUUGCAAACUUUUUCCAGGCAUUUUAUUCAAACAAACUAUUGCUACUGAAACUACUAUACAGUGGAAAACUUAUCCCAGAUAACUUUUUUUUAAGCAGCAAAAGGUCUCUAAAAGCAAUUCUCGGGACAUGGUUCUUAAUUACACCCCUUUAACUAAGCAGUUAUUUUUGCCCAGUUAAUUGACAUAGACCCCUGUUUCUCUGUUGUUUCUCUUGGAAGAUAAUAUAUAGGGAUAUUAAUUAAGCUCUUCCCAUGAAGUCUGCUUUACUUCCUUUGGAAUAUCUCUUUUUAUUUGAAGACAAGCUAUUCUCUUACUUGCUAACAUUUCUUCAAAAGACAUUUAAAUUAUUGACUGCUUGGGUGGCACAAUGUUUCCUCAGACACCUAGAAAGCUGUUUGCAAUAAAUAUCACUCGAGUCUGUCUGGCUUUAUUUGGAUUGCUGUUUU